CACUUUUUAUAAAAUGCCUGGGAAACUAAAAUUUUUUCCUAAAACAAGUAUUUAUGAUCAAAAAUUCGUUAAUUUCCUAAAAUCUAGCUUUAGUAUUCGUGAACACCGUUGCGUCUCCAAAAAUCCUCCUGCUACACAUACGGGGGUUAAUGUAGGACACGUUUUUCCACCAACGCCCAAGAUCCCUAAUUUAAUCAGGAAUGUUGGAUUUAGCACUCUUAACUCCACACAAUUUGUGUUAGAAUCCCCAAUUGUUAAAAGAGGAUUUGAAAAAAAGGUCGGAUGGUGGCUUAUGGGUUGCUCUGGCUUAACAGCCUUUAUUAUGGGAUUUGGGGCUUAUGUUAGGCUCAAUGAAAGUGGCCUUUCCAUGAUUGAUUGGAGUUUUUUUGGCCUUCCAUUACCUCAAAAUGACAGUGAUUGGGACUUAGAGUUCCAAAAAUACAAAAAAACCCCUGAAUACAAAGGUGUGCACUAUGGAAUUAGUCUCGAAGAGUACAAGAAUAUAUUUUUGAAGGAGUGGCUCCAUAGGAUGAUAGGGAGGGGUUCUGGCGCUUUUUUUGCACUCGGAUGUUUAUAUUUUUCAUUUAAACGCUGUUUAAAACCACGAGGUUAUUUACUUCUCACAGCAAUUGGAACAAUCGGUGUGUAUCAAGCAUUUGUUGGUAAAUGGAUGGUAGAAAGCGGGUUUUUUGAACCAAAAACUGAGAACAAAACACCUAGAGUAUCUCCAUAUAGGCUCUGUUUUCACUUUUUUAACGCGCUGGCAAUUUACUCUUUAUGUUUUUACAACUCAAUUAAUUUAUUGUUUGGAAAUCUUAGAUCAAUUACUCCUUCAAAGGAUUUACUAAGGAUGAAGUGGUUAUCUGGAGCAACUGCUUUUUUGACCUUGCUUACCAUGGCUUAUGGCACCUUUGUAGCAGGGAACGAUUCUGGCUUAUCUUACAACACUUGGCCUUUAAUGGAUGGAAAAUUUGCACCAGAUCAAGUCUUAAGCAUUAAGAGCCCUAGACAAUUUUUUGAAAAUGAUGCCGUUCUACAGUUUAAUCACAGAAAUCUGGCAUAUUUAACAGUUCUAAGCUCGUUGGUUACGCUUGUAUUGUCAAAGAAGUUAAAUGUGCCCAGAUCAGUGAGUAAGUUGUCAAUGGGAGUUUUACACGCUUCACUUUUACAGGGCCUUAUUGGAGUUUUGACGGUAUUAAACCAAGUACCUUUACACGGAGCUUUAGCUCAUCAUUUUAAUGCAGUUGUUCUUUGGUCAGUAAUUCUAGCUCUAUUGAGAGUUUUAAAGUAAUUUUUAUAGAGAUUUCUACAAAA